GGAGUACGCUUGCGGCUCUCCUAUGCGUGCCAUUCAGGCCACACGAUAGUAUUGUCGUUCCGCCACCUCCAACGUACACGUCCACCAUCUUAAAAGUCCAAAACAACCACAUCGACCGUUCUCUAUUGGGAGUACCACAGUUACCAGGCAUUCCGCGGAGCCGAACGAUCAGCCAUCCCUGCGUACAUGGCAGUUAGACUCGCGUUGUAACUAUAGCCCGCCAGCCGCCACGGCGCGUCGCCUAUCACCAUGAACGAUCCUCCUGGCAAAGUGUCUGUUGCAGGCAGCACACAGCACCCCCGCCGCCGCCCAGCACACCAGUCCGUCUCUCUCCGCCACGGUCCGCCGGCUGCAUCGUAUUGCAACUUGAGAACGACCCUCGACCAGCAACUUUCGACACUGAGCUCUACGGACGGGCCUGCCAGCGACCGGGCCAACCCCCCCUCGAGCAUCUCGAGCAUCUCGCCCCAGCUCCUCACCAACCAGCACAGCUCCGGCGAGAGCAGCGACGCCGGCAAGUGGUUCGAGAAGACCAACAACGACGCUCGCCAGAGCAGUGCGUUGUAUGUCAACAACGACCCGCCGUUCUUCCUGCGCAACUCCUCGUCGUCAGAGAGUCCGCCCAACGGCCUCGAGAGCCACGAUGCCCGCAUGUACUCGUCGAUGCCAUACCGGCCUGGGCUCGUCCACUUUGGCACAGAUGGCAGCAGCACCGAAGACUUCCGCGGCGUCAUCGACGACUUGACCGUCGCAAACAAGAAGCUGAAGCAGAAGCUGAAGAAGUACGAGAAACUCUACGACGACCAUCUCGAGGAAGACAAGCUGUUCGAGGUGCGGUUUCACGGUCUGUCCGACCACAAGAAGAAGGAGCUGGAAGAGACAUUACGCAAGUUUGCCGCCGGGCUCGAUGAUGACGCCGACAAGGAGUACCCGCACAUCUCUCGCGUGCCCACCUUGGAGCACCAACGGACGGCCGAGUCUGGAUAUGCUUCCUUGACUGCCUCUUGUCAGAACUCGUCUGCACCGUCGAACCAGACCCUGAACACCACCGAACACGACCGCAAGAUGACCAAGUCGGCCUACGGUCGUCAGCAGCAGAGCAUCCAGUCAUAUCUGCACGACAUUCCCCUCGGUUUGCUCCCAAGAUACGACACGACAAUGUCAGAGAAGUCGAAGAAGCAGUUGGUAGUGCGGCGGUUGGAGCAAAUAUUCGCUGGGAAGCGAUCGAUGUCUGGGAACCAUCCGCAGCCCAUGCAGCAAGAGGAAGUGGCUCAAUCAGCAGCGACAGCAGACCGACGCGAACGGGAAGCGACUGGCCGAGGUUCCCGACCAGAAGGACUGCGCGAAGCUCAAUUCAUGGCUGAAGAAGAGGGAGACAUCCCGAUCCAGGCUGAUACCCUCCAGAAGUUCCAUCCAAACCUACAUGUCUCCGAACAAGAUUUUGCGGGCUCAGGCUCGUCGCCUGAUCAACGCCCGACUAGACCCCUUGAUCUCGAUCCUUAUCGCGCACAGUUUCCACUGGAAAACAUGGACUACUUCCGACAUCUUGGCUUCACACCGCCAGAUAUGGCCUCCGGAGAAGUGCCCGAGGAAGGACAUGGUUGGCUGUAUCUCAACCUACUCAUCAACAUGGCCCAACUCCAUACACUGCACGUCACUCCCGACUUCGUCAAGGAUGCAGUGACCGACUACAGCAGCCACUUGGAGCUUUCGCCCGAUGGACGCAAGAUACGGUGGAAGGGUGAUUACGAUAUCACCACGCAAAGUAGCGAUGGCUCAUCAGAACGGUACAGCGGCAACUCACCGCCCGAUCAUGUGCCUGGAUUCGACUCUCCCUUGAAGCAAAUCAGGACUGGCAACAGCGGAGCAAGCAGUGGAUUACCCUCGAACGCCGAACAACACGCUAGGCAAGUUGCGCGAGCAAAGCGUGCAAACGAACGGAACAAACUCGCAUAUACACCACUCUUCUUCCACAAGGAGGAUUCCGAUGAUGAGGACGACUUCUACAAUCCCUCAUUGCUACAACCACCACAACCGGGCAACCCUUCAGGAAUGGGCAGCUCUGCUAUGAAUAGCUCCUCAUCGAGGAGAAGACGCGACGAUGGACCAAUCAUUUUCUAUAACAGGGCUAGGUUUUGCACUGACCUUACUGGUGACCGUUUGGGAGCUUCUCUUACUAGCCCUGGACUCUACAAGGCCAUGGUCAGCCAACCGCUUGGUGCCCCAUCAAGCAGUCAUUCGCCAGAAAACUGCUUGUCUGACUCCAUUGAGUCCCGAGGUCCGCUCGAUGUUGAACCUAUGGAUGUCGACUCACGAGACGGCUCUCGCACUAUGUACAGCGAAGGAAGCUUUGGCUUUUCACUAGACUCUUUGAGCUACGGCAGCGGUAAUGGAAAUGACAGCCCUGAUGCAAUGAACUUCGAAGCCUCGGGUUUAGGAGGCGUACACCCAGAUGAUAACUUUACCAUUCGCGUGCGACGUUCGCAGACACAGACAUCAACUCUUGGAUCCGUUGCUCGCUGCAAGUCGAAUUUCUACCCGAAGAAGAUCCUCGAUGCAUUGAAAAUGCAACUGUCUGCCAAAGACAUGAAAGCAUCGUUUACUAGCUCCCCUCAACGAGUGAUCAGGGAACAGAUUCUUUCUGCAUCACGAAAGUCACUGCCCAGUUCCGCCCUCCCGCCUGCCUCCUUCCUUCCCUUCGAUUCAGCAUAUUCUGAAACCAUCGACUCGGACUACGAUUCUGAUGCCUCAUCCGAAGUAGGAUCAGACUCGAGUGAUGGCCUUGACACUGCCCUCCAGCUCCCUAACGUAUACAUUGCAAGUGGACGAUCUCGUGCAGAUAACGUCACCGAAGAAGGCUCGGAUGAAGAAUCCGAAUACUCUGAUGAUAGCGAUGACGGCAGUAUCGAUCUCCUCGCUACAGCCCGCCAACUCGAUCCCAACACGAUCCGCGCUUCCGAGCGCGAGUACGAUGCCGCUAUUGCGGAUCGCCUUGCGGAGGAGAUUGUUGCUGGUAGCUCAGCAGCUACGGCUGCUGGGGGCAGCGGAUUCAACUCUCCGGUCGAUCUGACCGCUGCUGGAGAGGUUUAUGACGUGAGCGUGGGUAACAAAAGACAAAGUGAGAGUCUAUCGCCCCGUGCGAAGUUGAAGAGGUCCAGAGCGAGCGACUCUACAGGAGCGGCAUUGAAGAUGCAGAAGACAGAGUAGGCGGAUGAUUUUGCGUUUUGAUGGGUUCUGUUCCUGUUUCUUGGCUAUAAUCUGGGAAGAGGUGUUUUUGUGAAAUACUCGCAUUUUCGGCGUUGGUGUUUGGGAACUGGGAUGAUGUUGAUACCCCCC